AUGGCUGAUCAGGAGAGGUGGGAUCCGAACACGUCAGUGCUGCUGCCGGAGGGUGAGGUCUUCUACCUGGUGGCGCUGCUGCGGUUCUGCCCGGGCGGCGGCGCGGCGGUGGAGGAGCUGGUGGCGCAGAACGGUGCCAUCGUCGACGCCUGCCGGAGCAACGGCUACGACUUCAAGACCUACUUCCCGCACUAUGGCACCGAGGCGGACUGGGAGCCACUUCGGCGCUAAGUGGGCCUGUUUCGUCGAGCGCAAGGCCAGAAGAUCUUCGCCAGGACACCUUCGUCGUCACGGGUCGAUCGAUCAUAGCUGUUGUUGGCCGUGAUGAUGCCGGUGGUGGUCAUGACGAUGAUGAUGGAGAUCUCGAUCGACAAGGGAUGAUAAUGAUGAUGAUUAAUUAUAGGGUUAUUACUCAUU